AUGCCUCCUCGACGUGCUCAUACGAAAUCUCGGAACGGAUGCGACCAAUGCAAAUCCCGUCGAGUCAAGUGCGACGAGGCCUGUCCUUGUGCCAACUGCGUCAAACGACACCUGACCUGCACCUUUGAACGUCGUCCCAAACCCGGCCCGAGUCCCCUCAGUCUGUCCGAUCGCUCGUCCGACUCGCCAGCCCUGUCACUGCGGACCGACAAUGCCAUCGGUUCCUUUCAGCAUCAGGUGGCAGAUGCGUCUGCCUUUCUCCGCGAGUGGGGCGCACAGGACCCCGAGCUGAUGCACCACUACUGCAUCUAUACCGCCAAAACCAUGUCGGAUCGGGAGGCGAUCCGCGAUGUCUGGCAGAUCGAGGUGCCCAAGAUCGCCUAUGCGUAUGAGUUCCUCAUGCACGGCAUCCUGUCGCUGUCCGCGCUGCACCUGGCCUACACGCGGCCCGAGAAAUAUAGCCACUAUCUCAACACCUCCAACUUUCACAUGGCCCUCGGGCUGCAGACUUUUCGCAUCAUCCUGCAGACGCCAACCGAAGAAAAUUGUCGCGCUCUGUUCUGCUUCUCCAGUUUGAUUAUGGUGUGGACCUGCGGCGCACCGACCGACCUGGGUGAUAGUCGUCCUCUAGAGAGCGUCAUCCGGCUGUUUAACCUAUGCCGGGGCAUCAUGACGCUUCGACCAUUCAUGCCGCAUGUGGAAAACAGUACCCUGGCCCCUUUGUUCCUGCGCGAUUUCCGAUUCGAGGCCCGUCCGCCCCAGGACCAUGACCAACCUAUUCUAUUCCCCGGGAUCGACAAUCAGCUGGAAGGCAUCCGACGGCUGAUCGCGUCCGAACCUUUGAGCGAGCAAACGAGACUCGUCUAUCAGCACGCAAUCGAAGGUCUCGAGAAAUCCUUCUGGCGGCUGCAGACUUGUGAGAAGCCCGCACAAUGCGGGAUGAUCUUCUUCUGGCCGAUUAGCGUGCGCGAUGAGUUUGUCGGAUUCCUGGUGGACAAAGACCCCAUUGGACUGGUGCUGCUGGCGCAGUAUUGUGCACAGUUGUACCUGUUUCGGGGGUACUGGUUUGUGGAGGACAGUGCGCAGGAGCUGCUCGGUGGGGUGGCCGCGGCCCUGCCAUCGAGACUGACUCCUUGGCUGCAAUGGCCAAGACAAUAUUGCUCGAGUGGUCGCCUGCCUGUGUGA